AGACAAAGAAGAAGAAGAAGAAGAAGAAGCAGCGGGAGUAAAGAGGUCUGAUGCAAAUGAUCUAAGUCAUGUAAACAGAGGAAAUGUUUCCGUGUGUCUGCAGAAAGCUGUCGUUGUUUAAUCGCGUUUAUCCUAUUACUCCAGCUGUUACAUUAAAUGUGACAUUCAGUCAUGGCUGAGGAUCCAGCAGCAGAAAUCCAGCUACUCAGACGCCAGAAGGUCAAGCUGAUCGAAAUUCUGAGCGCAGACGCUGACUUUGUCCUGCAGCAUGCAGACUCGCGCUGUCUGCUGUCUGUUCAUGGGUACCAGCAGGUGAAAUCCUGCCGUGUUCCCAGUGAGAAGGUGACAGACCUGUUGGAUCACAUCAUCCACAGAGGUCCUGAAGCAGCGCAGGGUCUGCUGGAGCUGCUGAACGACCAGGCCCUGCAGGAAACCUUCCCAUUGCUUCGCUUUCUAAAGGAUCUGCAGGUCAACACACUGGCUACAGGAAAAAAAGAAACAUCAAGAAAGAGAGAAACAGCUCCAGACUUAGAAGAGAUCAUUCCAGCCAAGCAGAUCUGCACCAAAGGCUCUCGCCUAGUGAAGGAGAAGCAGCUGAUGACUGUGGCUCGUACCAUUGGCAGAUCCUGGAGGGAGAUUGGCAGGCUGGCUCUGGACAUCCCCAAUGUGAAGCUGGAACAGAUUGAAGAGGACCAUUCAAUCCAUGUAGAGCGAGUGUUUGCCAUGCUGCGCUACUGGAGCACCUGCCAGAGGGAGAAAGCCACCGCUGCUCGCCUGCACUCGCUGCUCAGUCAGGAGGACUGGGCGCUGCCACCUGAGAGCAUUGACUUCCUGUUGGAGACUGACUGAGGCCUUCGCUGUCUGGUGCUAUGUGAGACUGAACCCUGAAACACAGAGACUGUCAUUCCACAUCAGGAAAUAAAUAACACUUGAAGUCUUGAAUACUUUAUAGAAUUACGCCACAGAGCCAUUAAUUACCACUGACGCCUUUUGUUCAAGGUUCUUCAUGUGUGUUUACAAUCCGUCUAUAUUGUUGCACCCUGAUUGUUGUACUGUAAUUUUACUAUGUUGGUUUUUUCUGUGCACACCACAUGCAUUGCAUGUGUCUCUGUCCUAGAAGAGGGAUCCCGCCUCUGUUGCUCUUAUUUGAGGGUUCUUUCUUUUUUUUUUUUACUAUUAAAGUUUUUAAAGUGGUGGUGGGAGGUGUCAGUGAUCAACGGUGCUGGUCUUAUUUCAGUAACAGUGAAAGUGAAACCUCUGUCGCAGACAAAUGUCCAUCAUCAUAAAAUCAUGAAAGUUUUGCUAGAGUUGUGACAUGCUCCCUUGAUCUUGAUCGUUUGUUCUAAGGUGGUCUUUAAACUCAGUCCGGCUGUCUUAAGUCAGUCUUUUUCUUGUGGUGACAUUCUGAUAAAAUCAAACAUGUUUAAUGAUAUCUCAUGUGACCCUGCAACAUGCCCAGUCUUGUGACUAAAAACUCUGACUUUGUGUCUUCAGAUGUAAGACAGUGUCAUUCAAAGACUUCUAGUGUAUGGUAGGCAUUACACUUCUUUUCCAUGACAGCUUUAAUACAAAAAACUGAGGUUUGCUUUAUGAAAUUUCUUUGAAAUAGGUGCCUUUUGUUUUCUGUUAAAAGUGUCUGUACUGGGGUUUUAUUCUUCAGUCAAGGAGAAGUGGUCAUUUUUAUUAUCUCUGCCAGGCAUAAGCCAGUAGAGGACCAGGUGCUUUUAAGUGUGUGCGUGCAUGAGUGUGUGUAUGUGUGUGUGUGACCUUUGCAUUCCAUUUGGAGUGUAAAAAGCCUUUUUGCUAGGAAAAUUCCAUCACUUUAGACGUAGCUGAGCAACACUUUGUGUGUGUGUGUGUGUGCGCGCGUGUAAGUGUGCGUGCGUGCGUGCGUGCAUGCGUGCGUGUGUGUGUGUGUGUAUCUGUCUGGCAGCUAAUCUUGCAAACUACUGGACCAAUCAGCCUAAUAUUUGGGCAAUUUGUGAGCAUAAUUAUGACUGUAUGGUCAAAGACCUCUCAUGGUUUGGGUGAUUCAAAGUUGUUAUAAAGCCCUUUUUAUUGACUGUUUUGUACCAUCAUUGACUGCUGACUUUGUACUUCUUUUAAUCGGCCAGCAGGGGCCACAUGUUUUCUGGAAAUCAGCUCAACUACAAAACAAGCAAAAAACAAUCUUUCUAAAGAAGUUAUAUUCUGGAUAUUAAACCUGUUUUGUUUAAGUAAUUAAAUAAAGCCCUUUACAUCUGUA